AUAAAUAUUUUUCUCAAUUUAAACCUAAUCAAAGAAGAUUAAAAAAAAAAAAAAAAGAUGAGAAUAUCUUCUCUUCUUUCUUUGUUCUUGAUCGUCUCCGUCUUGCUACUUUCUCAAUCCAAUAUCAUUUCAUGCAAAAAAAGAGGAUCCACGAUCAGACCUAUGGGUCGGGGACUAGUUGAACAUGAAGAGUACCCCGAAGGAUCGUCUCAUGGUCAUCACCACCAUGACCAUAUUCGAGCUUUCGUGAAGAAAUCCAAGAAGAAGAAGAAGAAGAAUUCGGCUACUAAGACUCUUCUCUCAAGCCCACUUACUUAUCUAUCUACUGUUGUAACUUCCUUUGUUUUACUGCUCGCUGCAUUCUAA